CAAUCCGUUAUAACAGCGACGUUUUAAGCACAGAUCAAGCUCUCUGCUCUGGAGCUUUACCUUCUUCCUUGACAACGCGAAGGUCAGAAUUUUUUAGACAUGGAAUCGGCCGGAGCAGAGUCAACCAGAAUCUGCCACGUAGUGGCCAUGCCUUAUCCCGGUCGAGGCCACAUAAAUCCGAUGAUGAACCUCUGCAAGUUACUGGUUUCCAAGAACAAAGACAUCCUCGUCACCUUCGUCGUCACCGAGGAAUGGCUUAGCUUCAUCGGCUCUGAAGCCAAGCCCGAUAACAUACGCUUCAGCUCCAUCCCUAAUGUUGUCCCUUCGGAACGUGUCCGAGCCGCCGACAUGACGGCGUUCUUCGACGCCCUGAUGAGUCAGAUGGAAGCUCCGUUCGAGAGGCUUUUGGAUCGGCUUGAGCCAUCGCCACGUGUUAUUUUGGCUGAUACUUUCCUACUGUGGGUGGUUGGAUUGGGGAACCGGAGGAAUAUUAAAGUGUCGUCGUUUUGGCCAAUGUCAGCAUCAAUGUUUUCGAUUUUUCAACAUUUCCAUCUUUUAGCACACAACGGCCAUUUCCCGGUUAACUUGUCAGAGAAAGGGAUGGAACACGUGGACUACAUUCCAGGAGUUUCUUCGACAAGAUUGGUUGACUUUCCUCCCCUCGUAGCAGGGGCAGAUCCACGGAUACUACACCAUACCCUUGAGGCUUUCACUCUGUUACCUAAAGCACAGUGUAUCACAUUCCCAUCCAUCUACGAGCUUGAACCCCACUCCAUUGAUGUUCUAAGAGCAGAAUUCUCGAUUCCAAUUUACACUGUUGGCCCUGCAAUACCUUACUUCCAUGUAAGAGACAAGCUAUCUCCAAGUAAAAACCAUGGCCAACUCAACUACUUAGAGUGGCUAGAUUGCCAGCCACCAAACUCUGUUUUGUACAUCUCGUUGGGAAGCUAUAUUCCAGUUUGUAGUGCUCAAAUGGAUGAAAUAGCAGCUGGUUUGAAGAUGAGUGGGGUUAGUUUCUUGUGGGUGGCACGUGGCGAAACCGAGAUGUUGAAAGAGAAAUGUGGGGAUAAGGGACUGGUAGUGCCAUGGUGUGAGCAAUUGAGAGUUCUGUGCCAUGGUUCUGUUGGGGGAUUUUGGAGCCACUGUGGUUGGAAUUCUAUACGAGAAGGUGUUUUUGGUGGAGUUCCUUUUCUUGCUUUGCCGUUGGCCAUUGAUCAAGGCAUUAAUGCUAAGAUAGUGGUGGAGGAUUGGAAGGUUGGUUGGAGGGUGAAGAAGCAGGAUAUUGAUAAUGUUGGGGAGGGUUUGGUGAAAGGAGAUGAAAUUGCUGAUCUGGUGAAGAGGUUUAUGGAUUUGGGAAGUGAGGAAGGGAAAGAAAUGAGGAGAAGAAUAGGAGAGCUUCAGAAGAUAAGUCAUGAUGCUAUUGCAGAAGGUACUGGAUCAUCUGAAGCCAACAUUAACGCCUUCAUCAGAGACAUUUGCCAAUAUUAAGUAAAGUCAGAGCAUAUUUAACUUCUUGCUGUUAUCUUUGUAGCACUAUAUCAAUUCUAGCCAGUCUAUUUUGCAAAAUGUUAAUUUGUAUUGAUAUAAUAGUUAUUGGAAAGAUAAAACUAGGUUGAUGAACCAUGAAAUAAUUUCCCUACAUUUUUGCCUACAAUUGAGCUAGUUGUACUUUUUACAUGUAUAUGCAGACAGCAAAACCAACUUCAGUAAUUAAUCCAACGGCUAAACCGUAUAUUCUUUUCAAUCCCAUAA